AUGAACAGCACGUUCUUCAACAACACAGUGCUAAAGCAUGGGGCGCUGCUCAAUCGCAGCCACGAGCUUGCGGGCACACUGGUCAGCUGCUGCACGGGCAAUGGGAGCGAUGUGGCCGCGAGCGACGGUGGCGGGUCUCUCGUGCUUCCACCGGACGAGCGCAAGCUGUUUGUGACGCGCGUGGUGCAGAUCGCUGUAUUGUGCGUACUUUCUCUUACAGUGAUGUUCGGGAUCUUCUUCCUUGGCUGCAACCUCAUGAUCAAGUCCGAGAGCAUGAUCAACUUUCUUGUGAAGGACCGGAGACCGUCCAAGGACGUGGAAGCGGUGAUGAUCGGACUGAGUUAG